AUGAAGACGAACAAUAUGUAUGAUGAUCAGAAGAGAAUUUGCGACGAGCGCGAUCACCUGUUCGUUGUGCUUGACCACGCGCAGCGCGCCGCCUCCGUGCAGCUGCUCAUCGAGAUUUGCGACUCGGAGAAGAACACGAAUGUCGGCUGCAUCGAGCGGUUCGAAUCUGUUCGCCAUCUCGCCUUCAACUACAUCCACAGCAUCUUCAUCCGCGACAUGCAGGUGCUGAAGCUCGUGCUUUUUGAGACCUUCCCGCUCCAUAUGAUCCGCCCGAUCGUCGACGGCGUCCCGUCGAUGCACGUCGCCCAGGGCUUGAUACAGGAAAUGCUCUCGUUCCCCGACAACAAGCGCCGCAUAUUCACGGCGAUCCUGAUUGUCGAGAUAUUUAAAAAGUACCGCGUGGAGAUGACGUUCCCGUUCGUGCAGUCGAUGCUGAACGCGCUGUGCACGUUGCUGCGAUACGGGGGCCGGGAUCAGGUGCUGCGCCUCUUCAACGGCAUCAUCGAGGAGCUCGGCGAGUUGGCCAUGACGUACCCCGACCUGAAGCUGUCCAUCAUCCGGAUGUUUGGCCAGGUAUGCGCAAUCGCCGAGUCUCGCCUGUGCCUCUACUCGACGCACAUCAUCUCCGGCAAGGCGCUGGAGCGACGGCUGAUUCGACGAAUUGACGACCAGAUCCGUGUUCUCAACGAGCAAGUGCCCUUUGUGUUG